GCGGCGGGGGCCGGCGCGGGGCGGGUAGCGGCGCCCGGGAGCCUCUGCCGCGGCGGGGGGCAGCGGGCCGGGCCCCAUGGGCGGCGCGCCCCGCCAUGGUCCUCGCCGGCAACAGCAGCCCCGUGUGCGGGCAGCUGCGGGCGCUGAGCGGCGGGAGGAUGAUCGCGGGCUCGCUGCCCCCCCGCCUGGUGAAGCUGGCCCAGGAGGUGGGCGCCAGCCCCGCGGGCCCCGCCGGCUGGGCGGGCGGCAACGACACGGGCUGCGGGGAGCAGAUCCUGAGCUACGGCCAGGCCGAGAAGGUGGUCAUCGGGGCCGUGCUGUCGCUGCUCACGCUGCUGACCAUCGCGGGCAACUGCCUGGUGGUGAUCUCCGUCUGCUUCGUCAAGAAGCUGCGGCAGCCGUCCAACUACCUGAUCGUGUCGCUGGCGCUGGCCGACCUGUCGGUGGCCGUGGCCGUGAUGCCCUUCGUCAGCGUCACGGACCUCAUCGGGGGCGAGUGGAUCUUCGGGCGCCUCUUCUGCAACGUCUUCAUUGCCAUGGAUGUCAUGUGCUGCACAGCCUCCAUCAUGACCCUGUGUGUCAUCAGCAUUGACAGGUACCUUGGAAUAACAAGACCUCUUACAUAUCCUGUAAGGCAGAAUGGGAAGUGUAUGGCUAAAAUGAUCCUGUGCGUAUGGCUCUUAUCUGCCUCUAUCACUAUCCCACCCCUCUUUGGUUGGGCCCAAAAUGUGAAUGAUGAAAAGGUUUGUUUAAUCAGUCAAGACUUCGGCUAUACAAUUUACUCCACUGCAGUUGCAUUUUAUAUCCCAAUGUCAGUGAUGCUUUUCAUGUACUAUCAGAUUUAUAAAGCUGCCAAGAGGAGUGCUGCUAAACACAAGUUUGCUGGCUUCCCACGGCCAGAAGAAACUGAAGGGAUUUCUGUGAAUGGAGUUGUAAAACUACACAAGGAAUCUGAAGAAUGCACAAAUUUUUCACGACUCCUUAAACACGAUAGAAGAAACAUUUCCAUCUUCAAAAGGGAACAGAAGGCUGCCACUACUCUUGGAAUUAUUGUGGGGGCAUUUACUGUGUGCUGGCUUCCAUUUUUCAUACUUUCAACUGCCAGACCCUUUAUCUGUGGUACAGCAUGCAGCUGCAUCCCAUUGUGGGUUGAGAGAACAUUUCUGUGGUUGGGUUAUGCAAAUUCUCUUAUUAACCCUUUUAUAUAUGCCUUCUUCAAUCGGGACCUGAGGACAACCUAUCGCAAUCUACUUCAAUGCAGAUAUAGAAAUAUCAACCGGAAACUGUCAGCUGCAGGGAUGCAUGAGGCUCUGAAGCUUGCAGAAAAGCCAGAAUUUGUGCUGUAAGGAGAAGCUCUGAUUACUCAAGGAAAAAGAGUCAUGACUCUUGACCAAAUGGGCAAAUUAGUCAGAAGCUGUCAAGGCAUGACCACAGAAAGAAAUGUGAUGAAGAUUUAGUCUCUGAAGAAAUGGAUGGAUUUAUGAAAUGUACUUCUUCAUCUUCUGAUGGGAAUGCUUGAAAAAAAAUCAAUGAGCUUAAUACAUUGCACUUAAAUGUAUUUCUGUUGAAAGUGGUGACAUCUCAUUUAUUAGCGAGACAAAUGCUGUUGUGUACAAAUGAAAAUAGUUUUCUUUUGGAGAAAGCCAAAUCAUUUUAGCAAUAAGCUGUUUGACGCUCAAGGGGGGAAAGAUCAACUAAAAGCCAGGAAAGUAAAAUGUUGUACAAAUUUCCACCUUUAUUAAUAUAAGUAGAAGAAAGUAUUUAUUUAGGUUUCCCAUGCCUGUGGGUUACAGCAUUGCUAUUAAUAUUCAGGGAUCAUCAGUGGUACAGAAUGUAUUUUGUUGUACUAUAAACAUAUUUUUCAAAGGAACAGUGGAAAUCAGGAGGCAUUCAAGGCUGUUCAUGGUGUUGAAAAUAUUCUUUGUAUUUUAGCAUUCAGAAAGGCAACAAUAAAAGGCUGAUUGAUUUCUUUGGUAACAGGAACUCAGUGGCACUAACCAGCUAAGGUCUUGUCUAGUUACUCACCACUGCUAAAAGUUGUAGUUGGUCUUCAAGAUAAAAAUAAAGCAUAAUUCAUUGGUCCCAUCUCUGAACUUGUUAUGAAAAAGGUGCCUCAUGGAUUAUGACAAACACCGUGAAACAUAAGUAAGAUGUACAUAGUUUACAAUCUAGGAGUUAAUUUAUAUACUUGUUAAUUUUGUUUUAAGGUAAUUUUUGUGGUGUCAGGAUAUACAAACUAUUCACUUUGUAAUUCAAGUAACUGUAAAAAGUGAGCGCUUCAACAUUCAUACUCCCAGUUUCUGCAAAUUGUGCAUUAAAAUACCUUUGAAUCUUAUUUGGUUAGUUGAAUUUCAUGUGGGUUGGAAGCAUAUGUUGUUGUGAUUAUGAUAGACUGCCAGAAUACCCUAUUAUCCUUGUAUGAAGUAGCCAGGAUGCUAUUCAGUACCUCAUUAAUGGAAUUAGUCACCAUAAACUCUGCAUUUUAAAUAAAAUGAAUGCCUUUUAUAAUUCACUUUGAUCUCCUAAAAGGUACAAACUCACCAUAUAAGUGAUAUAGUAAAUAUUGAUAAUCUUUAUAUAUUCAGUGUAGGAGGGGGAAAGACAUUUAUUGGGAGUGGCCAAUGAAGCAGAUUUUGAUGUAUUAUACUGGUACAUCUUCAGGGUAACACUAUUUGCAUCUCUGUAAUUUUGAUUACAGCUGGAUCAGAAAAAAGCCCAGUAUGUAAAACUAAUGAGUAAAGAUUUAGGGGAGAAGAUGGAUUCAUGAGUGACACUAAAAUCCAAAGCCUGCAGGUUAAAUCCAAAAGACAGUGAAUCUUCUAAAACUAGUUUCUAGCUUGAGAUCGGUCUGUCAUGACUUGUGUUCAGAAGGAACUAGACUGUCACUCUUUCCUUAUAGAUGAAGCUGCACCAAAACCUUAGGAUAUUUGAUAGAAUAACUGUACAUAAUUACAUCCAUCAUGUAAAUGAAUUUGUCUAUGUACUAAUAUUAACAUUUUCUGUGAAAUUCAGUUUAAAAAAAUGCUGUAACAUGAAAUUUAAACUAUAUCUUAUUUAUAAAUGUCAAAAGAGAAAUUUUGUUUGACAGCUAAAGAAAUGUGAAUGCUUCAACAAAGUAAACAGUAAUGGAUGAGUAUCUGCAAGUGAGGCGAGAGAUGCUAAAUGUUUUUUAACAACAUUACCUCUUCAAAAUGCAAGUAGCAGCAAAUAUGUAUCAUCAUAGUAUCAUUUCUGCCACAGCCAGUGAUUUUGUUUUCGUUUUAUCAAAGGCAUUUUCAAGGGCACAAAUGAAGUUUCCUGAUUAAUUUUCAUUUCUUUGUUAUGUUAUAAUAUCUUGAAAUAAAUAGAAACACCAUAAUUUUAUGAUACUGCUGAGAAAAAUGGUAUCAAAUAAAGUAUGUCCUGUGA